ACAGCUUCAGAUACUCGAGAGUUCGGGGUUUAGAAAUGCUGACAAAGCAACUCUGCUUUUCCAACCACCCCCCCCCCCCACCUCCCCCAGCAGACUCGUACAGUCGCCCAUUCCCUGGGCAUCUUUAUUGCCCUCUCCUCCGGUACCCCUCCUUCUCUACCCCCUCCCCCGCCCACACCGUUAUCACUCUGGCUCCGCCUCUGCCUUCUACUGCUUUCCCCGGGGCGAUCACUGUCCCCAGAGUGCGGUAAGAGCUUCUGGGGUCUGAAGGGAGCACAGUACCUGAUCGCCGCACACGCAAUCUGCCCCUUUCUAUUAUUUAAGGAAGGCACCAGCGAGCCCUCUUCCCCAAGGCGCAACUGCUCUGUCCGGAUAGAAAAGGCAUCUCAAGAAAUGUUUAGAGUCGUUAGGAUAAUACUACAUCCCUGUGGUGACUUAGGAAAACCACACACCCACUGCAAAUAAAGUACUUAAUUUUACGUAGCGCCUUCCUCCAACCGUUUAGCGGAAGAGGGAAGGCCAAGAAGUGAGGGUGCUGACUAAAUCAAAUUUAGCUGAACGAAUCAAGAGUUAAACGUUUCGUUUACAAAGCGAGGGAAUGUGAGUCACUGAACCCGAAGUACCUCACAAUAAAUUGGUGGAUGCUUUUCUUUCUCUUAACCUUAAGUUUCUAUAUUUGAAGAGGAAAUCUAAAUACAUAAGUCACCGAAUUGAGUCAGAAUCUUAGUAUCUGGCAGUUGAAGUGAAAACACUGCGUGUGACCCGUUUAAGGGAUAAAAGUAAAAAGAACUGGUGGUGGGGGAGGGUGUGUGUGUGUGUGUGUGUGUGUGUGUGUGUGUGUAAGCAGCAGAAAUCAAAUAAAAAGAUCUCCUGACAGAGUUUUGGAUUGAGCGGGGCAGAGGAUCUGGGUGCUCUCUGAUUUGAAGUUGGCGGAAGCUAAAUUGAGGAACAUUUAUAUUCCGAGUAUGUGGGAAUUUCUUGAUGAACACACAUGUUUUAUUAUAAUCAGAUCUACUUUCUUCAAGCAGCCAUGCUGCGGGGAAGGCAGUUGUGAAACUUGUGUCUGGGGUCUAAUUGACAUCCUUCCCCAAGUUUGCGGUCGUAUUUAUUAUUUAUUCACCUCUAGAGAUGCAAUAGUAUAACCCCUGCAGAAUACAUGUGCAUCUAAAAUGUGAAACUUCUUGUUUGUGAUGUAUAGACCUCAAGGAAAAAAUGGCCCGGGUCACCAGCACUGGAGAGUGUGAUUAAUGAUCAGUGAUUUAGUGAUCAGUGAUUAGUGGUUUUAUUCAAACUGUUACCUCUGACCAGAAGCACACAUCAGAGGAUUAACAGGCUCUUUAGAUAAAUGCUCAUUAGUGGAAGGGGAAAAGCAAAGAUAAUAGGCAUGCACCCAGGGACAACUUUCGAAGAAAAUCAUUCCCCGUCUUCAGAAUAAUAAGCUCUAUUAACAGAAAGCCCUUUUAAUUUAAAACUUGCUUUUAUCUUGUAAAUCAAAGUUAGAUGUAAAAGUUUGUAGUGCCAUUAUAACCUAAAUUUUCCCAUAUCCACUCGAUGUGGAUUAUCUCAGUAGCGAUAUUUUUUUUUUAUUUAAAUAAACAAUUGGACCUUCAGAGCAGCUGAACCCUGACAAGUUCUUAACUCCCAGGGUUUGAAGGUGUCCGUCCCCCCUUCUAGAAUGGAGAGUGCAACUUGCUAGCUAGAUGGCGCACUGUUAUUUGGUGUUGUGUGCGGUGGAGUGCAGGAGUCCCAAGGAGCAAGUAGCUGCUUGCGAGGGGUUCUUCCACACUUCCAACAAAGUUGAUUCUGUGUAGGCUUGGAGGCUAGACAGUUCUACAAGUUUUUAGUCACAUUUUCCAUGUCAGUCAAAUCGGGGGAGUUCAAGGCUACUGGAAAAAUUAGUCUCAUUACUAAAAGAAACUUAGCGAACGAGGGAGGAAAGGAGGUACUGGAGGCCAGGAGGUACCCCUGGAUUGCAGAAGUGAUUGUAAAAUAGCAGACCUGCUUCUCCUCCUCCUCUUCCUCCUCCUCCUCCUCCUCCUCUUCUUCUUCUUUUUGACUAAGAGCUAGUUUCACAAUCUGUGGUCUGAUAUUCUGAGGCAAAUCCUCAAAGCUUUAUUUUCUUCCUAAUCUUGCUGGUGAAAAAGAAGUUACUAGAAAGAAAGGAAGAAAAAAACCUGAUUUGGUGACUGCAGGAAGCAACACGUUGCUGAUUUUAUUCUACAGAUAAUGAUUUAUGAGGAAUCCAAGAUGAAUUUGGAGCAGGAGAGGCCGUUUGUCUGCAGUGCCCCAGGCUGUUCGCAGCGCUUCCCAACAGAGGACCAUCUGAUGAUUCAUAGGCACAAGCAUGAAAUGACUUUGAAGUUUCCCUCAAUAAAAACAGACAGUAUGUUAUCAGAUCAGACUCCGACCCCAACGAGAUUCCUGAAGAACUGUGAGGAGGUGGGGCUCUUCAAUGAGCUGGACUGCUCCCUUGAGCAUGAGUUCAGGAAGGCUCAGGAGGAGGAGAGCAGCAAGCGGAAUAUCUCGAUGCAUAACACAGUUGGUGGGGCCUUGGCGGGGCCCGGAGCUCACCAGCUUGGCAGCACCCGGAUGCCCAACCAUGACACCAGCGUUGUGAUUCAGCAAGCCAUGCCGUCGCCCCAGUCCAGCUCUGUCAUCACACAGGCACCUUCCACCAACCGCCAGAUCGGGCCUGUCCCAGGCUCUCUAUCUUCUCUGCUACAUCUCCACAACAGACAGAGACAGCCCAUGCCAGCCUCCAUGCCUGGGACCCUGCCCAACCCAACAAUGCCGGGAUCUUCUGCCGUCUCGAUGCCAAUGGAGAGACAAAUGUCAGUGAACUCCAACCUCCUGGGAAUGCAAGGUCCAAAUCUCAGCAACCCCUGUGCUUCUCCCCAAGUCCAGCCAAUGCAUUCAGAAGCCAAAAUGAGGUUGAAGGCCGCGUUGACUCACCACCCCGCUGCCAUGUCAAAUGGGAAUAUGAACACCAUGGGACACAUGAUGGAAAUGAUGGGCUCCCGGCAGGACCAGACGCCACACCAUCACAUGCACUCGCACCCACAUCAGCACCAGACGCUGCCAGCCCAUCACCCCUACCCGCACCAGCACCAGCACCCAGCCCACCAUCCUCACCCUCAACCCCAUCACCAGCAGAACCACCCACAUCAUCACUCCCACCUUCACGCACACCCUGCACAUCACCAGACCUCGCCACACCCACCCCUGCACUCCGGCAACCAAGCACAGGUUUCACCAGCGACACAACAGAUGCAGCCGACCCAGACAAUACAGCCGCCCCAGCCCACAGGGGGGCGCCGGCGAAGGGUGGUGGAUGAGGAUCCCGACGAGAGGCGGAGGAAAUUUCUGGAACGGAACCGGGCCGCUGCCACCCGCUGCAGACAGAAGAGGAAGGUCUGGGUGAUGUCACUGGAAAAGAAAGCAGAAGAACUCACCCAGACAAACAUGCAGCUUCAGAAUGAAGUGUCCAUGUUGAAAAAUGAGGUGGCCCAGCUGAAACAGUUGUUGUUAACACAUAAAGACUGUCCAAUAACAGCCAUGCAGAAAGAAUCACAAGGAUAUCUAAGUCCGGAGAGCAGUCCUCCUGCAAGCCCCGUCCCAGCUUGCUCUCAGCACCAGGUCAUCCAACAUAAUACCGUCACCACUUCCUCUGCAGUGAGCGAGGUGGUGGGAAGCUCCACCCUCAGUCAGCUCACCACUCACAGAACAGACCUGAAUCCCAUCCUUUAAAAUCCACCACUGGGUCAGACCUUGCCUCCAAGAAGAGCUGUCGCAUAUCAUGCGUCCUUUCCUUUAAGGGCAUUUUUAGAAUUAACUCAGACCUGGAAGACUCCUCAGCCCUUCAGAGACUGGCUUUCAUUUUUAUAGUUAUUAUGGAAAUGUCGUCUUUUAUACUUAGUUCUAUAAGAAAAAAGGGAGUUAUGCAAUUAAUUAAUCUAUCAGCUUGGGAAAUGCUUUGGUGCUUUUCUCCAAUUUUCUGGUACCAGUGAACUUGUUUAUAAACUGAACUCCUUCUGUAUAUAGACAUGGUUUCAUUCUUAUCGGUCCAACCCUUUGCCUGAAACAUUGCAUCUUGUUAAACCGCAGCUUUUAGCCAAAAUGAGGCAUGCCCACAUGUCACGUAAACGGAUGCAAGGUAACUGGGUGGUGAGUCUGAUGAUGUCGUAACACAUGUUGAGUUUGUGCUGUGAUGUCGCCAGAAUUCCAGAUGAACACAGAGCCUUUUCCAUAUUUGUCUUCCUCUUAUUAUAAAAAAAGGAUGAGAUCCACUGAUGUCCAAAUAAAACCACCAAGCAUCUCCCCACCUCUCCUCCUCCUCUUGGUCCACCUCCUUGAAUUGCCCUCCAAUUUUCUCCACUCUCCCUCUCCUUUUCCACCUUUUCCUGGGCCGCCUGUGUACUCUUCAUUUUUACUUUCUUCUGUUUUAUUUUUCCACCUUUAGCAUUGCAGGUAAAGAAGAAAACAAUGCCUAAAGGGAAAAAAAACACAAGUAAAUCUAAAAAAAUACGGAUCUAGCCAUUGCUUCCCUUGCCUGUGACCCACAGCUGGAGUUCAUUCAUCUCUUGCUUUUUAUAAAAUGGUAAGCAAGAGAGGUUUAAUGUGCCUGAUUUAAUGUUUUUAAUAAUCAGAACAAAUAAAAGGUGGCUUAGCCAUAGGUGAAACACUGUUGAAUGCCAGCUGUGGAGACACCAGGGAAGGGAGCCUAUAAGCCUUGAUUGUGAAGGUCCAAAUUAUGUUGUGGGCUGUAACAUCACACCCUCGAAUUACAACCGGCUUUAUAUGGCCUGUCUAUAAGGCUAAAAAUCCAUAGACUAUAUAAUAAUUCAGAAGGGCUCUAUUCACUACACAGAUUACAAUGGUCAAUCAUCAGCUGCUAAUAGACUAAGAUUUAUUAAUUAUUUUUUUCUCUUAAGCCUAUGGAACUGGCUUUGCUAUUCUGGUGGGUGAAAGUACACGCUCUACUGGAGGAACAAAGAGAGAAAGAAAACCUGAUGUUCCCGUAGGGGUGCUUUCAGCUCCCCCCCCUUCCCCCCGCCGCCCCCAGAACAGCCAAAGCCUUUUUUGGCUGCUGCAAGAAUCCCGUGGAUAUGGCUACUCUACUCUUCUGAAUAAUUCUGAUUUAUAUUUUCAACAACUUUCAUCAGCUUGCCCGUUAUAAAAACCAGAUAGUCCCGAACCACGGUUGUGCCUCCUUGAAACAAGCCAUUCUACUGUGCUAAUGUGUGCUAAUAUCACAUCUCACAAGUAACGGGCUAAUGUUUCUCUCUAGCAGUGUAGACAGGUGCUGGUGUUUCAUCUCCAUUUGAAUGCUUGACGUCCUAACAUGAGUGUGUGUGUGUGUGUGUGUGUGUGUUCAUGGGAUUUAAAUAAUAGUAUUUUACAAAAGGUGUCGCUUUUAUAAGAGUUCAAAAAAGGGAAAGAUACAUGUGUGGAUGUGGGUGUGUGUAUAUGUGUUUAUCUCUCCCUGUAGCAUAAGAAUCUAUUUUGGAGAAAAAAGAAAAUAUGAGAGUCGUGAAGCAUGAUUUUUAUAACUAGUUUCAGUUUUAUCUAAUAACUUACUUUUUAAAUCAGUAUUUAUCAACCUUUUUUUUUUCAUGUAUGCAGUGCUUUCAAAAGAAAGUUUUGAGUGUCCAGGGAAACUCAUGACUAGAUAUAUGGUCUAAAAAUCAAAACAGAAGCAAAAGCAAAACAAAAAAUAAACACACACACACACACCAAAAAAAAAAAAAAAAAAAAAACCAAAAAAAAAUUUUUAAAAUGUUAAAAAGAAAGAGAAAAAAGAAAUGCAAAUUAAAAGGAUUUUCUAUUAUAUUUUAGACAAACAUAUCUUUUUUUUAAGUAUUUUAAAUACUGAAUUCAUAGUUGUUUUGUUUUGAAUCCCAGCCUUAACCGCUGAAUGGUUGAACCUAACUGGCUUCCUAAGAAAUAUUUAAGAUAUAUCUCUAUUCUGAAAUUAAAUUUAAUUUUUUCAAAACUCCUUUCUAGGACCGUCUAUGUGUCUCUCUAAAAAAAAAAAAAAGAAAAGAAAAAAAAAGAGCUCAUUGAAAUGUUUGCUUGGAUUAAAAAAAAUUUUUUUAGUUUUAUUUUAUUUCUUGCUUUAAGUGAACGAUAACUUUUUUUUUUCUUUACUGCAUGCAUAGCACUUAACGAAAUGGAUUUUUUAAAAAUCCACUGGUAAUAUCAGAAUGUCCAGAAAGUGGGCUGUCACUAAAAUUAUGGUUUACUUUACUUCUGCUCCGCCUCUUGAUUGAAUAUUUAGUUGUUAAACUGAAAGCCUCUGUAGUGAAGAACUUGCCUGAGUUUUCUUAAUUCAGCAACUUGACAGUUUGACUGAUGUGCAUUAUAUAGAGCUCAAUUAUGUCUGUUUUUUAUGCUAAGUAGGCAAACCAACCACACACACGCGUUAGCAAACGGGCCUCAACGUAUAAUUAGAAUAAACCGUCUUCUUAUUAUGCUCGAGGCCUUUAGGUAUGUUCAUUAGCAGUGUGGAAAUACAGUAAAUGGAAGAUGCCAGCUAGUUGUCAAGGCUUCUUGAAACCCUGAACAGAAAGGCUCCUUGGUCAAAUCCAACACUCGGCUUAUCAGGAGAAGUACUUCACCAGAAGGUCCAGCCUUCACCAGACCGUAGAAUAAUCAGUCUGCCUGAAAAUCCCUCCUUGCCCUACAUUUUUUGCCAAUGUGGGAAAACAUCUUUUUGCUGCCCCAUUCUCCUCUCCCACUCGAUCUAGAUAUGGGUCAUGCACCCAUAUCUUCACAAAUCCGUUGUAGUGACCUUCAGAGCACCCAUGCGGAGGAGGGAAGGGUCCUGCAACACUGCCUCUCCUCAUUCACCUGCGUUUUUUGGUUUUGGGUUGUUUUUUUUUAUAUUGGCAGCGUCUGCCUUUGAAGUCCCUGCCAGCCUACCUGGACGUUUCUGCGGCGCUUCCCCUGCCUUACGUGAUGGGACGUGGCAGCUUAGAUAGGGGCACCCGGUGGCAUUUCUACCAGGUGACCCUAAAUUGAGGCAUCCACAUCUUAAGGGUUCCUUCUGAAGACAUUUCCCAGAACACGAUGCCAGGGCGGGUAUAGGGAAACCCUGGCCAUGGGCGAACAUACUCAUUUGAAAGCCUGUGUGGAGCUGAUGUUUUCCCUUCGAUACCCCCACCCAUCUCUCUCCUCCCUCCGUGUCAGCGUGUGCGAGUCCCAGUGGUUAACGCGGCCUGUGAGAGACAGCAGUUUGCGAGGUAUCACCGCACGAACUGUUACAAUCAGGGUGACUGACUUGGAGCAAAUGCUCUUUGGAACCUAUCCCGUCAAAGGAACCAAAUGCAGCACAUGUUCUGAACAGAGGGGCGUCAACGGCGAAUGUGCAGGCGGUUUUUGUUGCCCGUUAAGUAAACUUCAGCGUCUCAGUUGAGUUUGCCGUUAAAAUCUGAAACCAGCUGCGGUGAAAGACCAGCCUUUGGCUGGGGAGUUUUAAGCAUCGGUAACUGCUCUCAAACUAGCCAUCCAGUUAGGAUAGAAUGUGCUUCUUUCUGGUUAAUAAAAACCAUCUAAGAAAAUAUAUAUGUAUGUAUGCGUGUAUACAGUGGAAUUCAAGGACCAAAGCAAAAUUUGAACAGGAAUCUAUUAAUUUAGAAUUUUAUAAGAUAUUUAUUAAUAAAUGUUAUUUUAAAACAUUCCAUUUGAACAGUAUUCUUCCGUAGGAUCUACUUGUUUUUAAAGUGUUAGUUCAUAAUAAACUUCUCUACUUGUGUAUAUCUUCAUUUUUCAGGGUUUCAAACGGCUCUUCUCCAUCAUUUGGUGGAAAUGUUUCGCUUAGCUCUGUGCAUAGAAAUUUCAAGGAUUUUGUUAUUGCUCUGUGAGUUAUUUUUUUAAUCUAUGUUCUGAAUAGUGUUGUUUUUCACAUUUCUUUCUCUCUCUCUUUUUUUAUUUUUUUCUUAAUGUUUAAAGUAAGCUCGUUCCUUUAGGAAGCGGAGUUCAGCUAAAGGGAAUCAGUAACCACGACUGGAACAACUUUCUUGUAAAAGUGUAAAAACAACUUCAUCUCUGCUUCUCUCCACCCCACCCCAAUUUCCUAGAAUGCCUUGCGCUAUUCAGCUUCCUUCGUGCUCUUUUUGCCCUUUGCCAAACAAUGGGCCCUAGCUUUAAGCCAUUCAAGUUCCAUUAUGCAGUAUAUCUGAGAAGGAAAAGGAAACAACCCAUUUAAAUUUGAAUAAAACUGUGCCUCUGCGAGCAGUAGCAAUUUAGAGUCUCUCUUCUGCUUUUAAGAUAAUUUAUAUUUUAAAAUUGCACUUUAGCUUUCUUGAUCCCUUUCUGUUUCUCUUGUUCUCCCUCAGACCCCCUCGGAGCCCUUAAACCUGCCUCUGCUCCCCACUUUCCAACUCCCCCACCCCCUCCCCCUAAGGCUCUGAGCUGCACCGUUUAAAAUACUUUACAGAAUAUUUGUACCAGGUACAUUUGCGUAAAGUCGGGUUCCUCACAUCAGCCUAGACGAAUCCUGCUACGGAAAUACCAAGAAGAGCCAGUUUAUAUUCUUUACCCCUUUAUUCAUAGCAUGUUUUUUUUUUUUAAUGUUAUCUUAUGCAACAGAUGUGAGGCAGCAGCUAAGCUACACUUAAGAAUUUUCUAUCUCAUUCUCCAAACCAAAGUGUCCUGAAUGAGCCAGGAGACUUACUCUUUUGUGCAUCGUGGUGCACGUGGACUGUUGUCCCAGCCAUUGUCUCUCUGAGGCUGCUGAAAUAACAGUGGCCCUGUCUGUGUCAUUCCUAGGUCUCAAAAAUACAAUGUUGCCUUGUGACGUCAUUAGGGACAGCACCUCUGUUUUACAAUGAUAAUCUAAGAAAGGACAAGAAGACACUGAAGCAAUAAACGUCCAAGUAAAAUUCAAUACCAAAACAAAGAAAAAAAAAAAAAACAGAACAGAAAACCCUAGGCUCAUCAUGUCGUGAAAACGAAAAAGUGUAUGUCCAACUCAAAAUAUUUUACUAUUUCUUGUGGAGUUUUUCAGUGAUGUAAUGCUUAUAGCCAAAUUGCUUAAAGAGUGUUUAUAUAUUUUUUUCCUUAUAAAUUGUCUAUUUUUAAAAAAAAGAAACUAUUUACCACAAGUUGAAGGGGGGGGGGGGUAAGGCCAAAUUGCCAGCAUUUGUUAAAAGAUUAAUAUUCUUACGUGGCACACUCUGAUACCUUUCCAAGCUUAUCAUCAGAGGGGAAUCAGUAAUGAUCAGCUAUUACAUUUCAGCCAACUUACAAUAUCUAGCUCAUUAGAAGCCAGGAUGUAGAAAGCUCUUCUUAGGGCAUUUAGGAUUUCUUACAUUGAGUUUCAUGCUAUAGAACUUUCUAGGAUUUUUUUUUUAAAAACAGAAUCAUUUUAGCCUCAGGACUGAGAAUGUGGAACCUGAAUAAAUUAGCUUUAAGUAUAUCAUUAAAAUCUUAUGCACAAUAAGCUCAUUAGAUUCUAGUUGUCUCCUUAGAAUACCAAUGUCACGGACAGGAGAUCAUGGAAGGUAUCAGCAGUGCUGUAGGGGAGGGCAUUUCAGAGAAGGAACCCCUCCUAACCAGCCAGCCAGUAGAAGAGAAGACCUACUCACCCUCUUUUCUUCUACGUUCUGCUAAAUCACACCUGCCUCAUGGAGAGAGGAGUUCUGCCUUUGAGGUUUGUCUUGGAGAAAUGAUAAGCUUGAAAUGUUCUCCCUGGAGAGGACAUAGGGUUUGGGAUCUUCUGAAAAGGCCUGGAAAAAAAUGGCUCAGUUCAAACACCAUGUUCUAGGAUAAUUGGAACAUAAAUAUUGUCCAAAAUAUGGAACUUAAAAAAAAAAGUCUAGCAUUAUGCAAAGUGCUAAUUAAGGAAGUCCCAAAAAAAAAAGGUGCUGUCACUUUAAGUUCUGGACUGGGGGGGGGGGGUUGUUUGUAAUUGUAAACAGCAAAGCAUUUAUGUUUGUCUGUCUAUUUGUAAAGCAACCACCUUCCUUACUGGAAGGAGAAAAAAAAUUGGGGGUACAUACGUGUAAAUACUUGCUGCAGCAUUUAAUAUGUUCAAUUUUAUGUUAAGCUUUUUGUUGCAUUGUGAACACAUUUAUUGUUAUCAAUGGACAAUGAGUUCAUUAAGACUGUUCAACUAGGUCAGAUUUUUACAUCUCUUUGGAGCAAGAAGAGACAAGAUUUUGUGCAUUUGUACAAAUGUUAAUAAUAUCACUGCAAUUCCAAUAUAAUAAAGCACUCAAAUGCAAAUAA